AUGCAGGCUGAGGAAUACAACCGUAGAGGUAAGGAGCUGGUGGACUACAUCACCCAGUACCUGAGCUCCAUCAGGGAGAGGAAGGUGAUUCCAGAUGUGAAGCCCGGAUACAUGAAGGAGCUUCUCCCUGACACCGCACCCUCAGAGCCGGAGAGCUGGGACAGCAUCUUCAGGGACAUUGAGAACGUCAUCAUGCCUGGGAUGGUUCACUGGCAGAGCCCUCACAUGCACGCCUACUUCCCAGGUCUGACUUCAUGGCCCUCCAUGCUCGGGGACAUGCUGGCUGAUGCCAUCAACUGUAUUGGAUUCACCUGGGCCUCCAGCCCUGCUUGUACAGAGCUGGAGAUGAAUGUGAUGGACUGGUUGUGUAAAGCUCUGGGGCUCCCCUCCUUCUUCCUGCACCACCAUCCUGACAGCAGAGGAGGAGGAAUACUACAGAGUACGGUCAGUGAGAGCACUCUGGUCGCUCUGCUGGCUGCAAGAAAAGACAAAAUCUUGCAGCUUCGUGUUGAAAUCGACCAAGAUGUGGAUGACUCGAUCCUGAAUUCAAGACUAGUGGCCUACGCCUCAGACCAGGCUCACUCCUCUGUAGAGAAAGCAGGUCUGAUCUCACUGGUGAAGAUUAGGUUUCUUCCCACUGAUGAGCAGUUGUCUCUGAGAGGAGACACUUUGAAACAGGCCAUUCAGGAGGACAGGAGGAGGGGACUGGUCCCUUUCAUGCUGUGUGCAACUCUGGGAACCACAGGAGUGUGUGCCUUCGACAAUCUAUCUGAACUGGGACCAGUCUGUGCUGAGGAGGGACUGUGGCUCCAUGUGGAUGCUGCGUACGCGGGCGCAGCAUACUUAUGUCCUGAGCUCCGCUGGUCUCUGGAGGGAAUCGAGUUUUCUCAUUCUUUUGUUUUCAACCCGUCCAAGUGGAUGUUGGUCCAUUUUGACUGCACAGCUUUCUGGGUGAAGGAUAAAUACAAGCUCCAACAGACAUUCAGUGUUGAUCCAGUUUACCUCAGACAUGAUCAUUCACAGGCAGCCACAGACUUUAUGCAUUGGCAAAUUCCUCUCAGCCGACGUUUCCGUUCCCUCAAACUUUGGUUUGUUAUGCGCUCCUUUGGACUGAAGAAUCUCCAGGCUCAUAUCAGACAUGGCAUUGAGAUGGCAAAGCUCUUAGAGUCUCACAUCAGGAGUGACCCACAUUUUGAGAUUCCUGCAGAAAGGCACCUUGGUCUGGUGGUUUUUUGUCUGAAAAGAGGAAACGCUUUGACCCAGGAGCUGUUGAGGAGACUGACCCACACAGGCGCCAUGUACCUCAUCCCUGCAGACAUUCAUACCAAACGCAUCAUCAGAUUCACGUUGACAUCCCAGUUCACUACAGCGGAUGACAUCCUGAAAGACUGGAACCUCAUCUCCAAAACAGCUUCUACUCUUUUGUCCGAGACACCAGCUAUGAACAAUAAAGACCAAACAAAACCAGGGAAAGAAGAGGUGAUAGGAGCAGGAAAAAAACAAGACUCUGACUUAGAUGCAGUUGGACAGGAAGCUGAGGUGGAGCUGUGGAUCGACAAGGCGUGGGAUCAGUCAAGGAGGCCGAUGCGCUCUCUUAGCUGCAACAGCGAGCCUCUGCCAUGCACUUACAUCGGGCCAAUAUCUGGUUACAGCUUAAAAACAAGCCCUAUCACUGAAGAUGCUACAGGUGCUCUGCAAACACAGUCAACAGCAGGACAAGAUCCUAAGUCAAAGGUUACUCAGAUGCCUUCAAAUGUUCUGGGAAACCAGGUCCUGAAAAAGCUGACAAAGUUCUACAGCGUGCCUAUUUUCUGCAACCAGUGGGUGCAGAGCAGCCGGCACCCACUGUGCUGCCCUGUGAAGGUGCCACAUACGGCUCAGAAACAUUUGUCUUCCACCUGCAGGAGGAUGACCUGCAUGUCCUCUUCUCCUGUGGGCAAAACAAGUCAAUCUCAGGGUCAAAUGGAAGCUGCCAAUGCACCCGCACUCCUGUGA